CUUAAGGUCUGCAUCGUAUGGGCUAUUAUACUUAUUCCCACUGGAAUGUCAAUUUUCAAGAAAAUAUUUUCCCGGGAUUCGUUUUCUAAUGGUGUCAUAUCAAACAGUAAUUUUUGCGCUCUUAAGCCAGACCUUCAGGAACGAUUGUCUAGAGUGAAGUAUAAUCUUAAAUUGGUUAUUCGAGGGGAACGUAAAACUGGCAAAAGUUGCCUUUUAUCCCGCUUGACUGGAGAAGCGUUCUCUCCUACCUAUACGCCAACUGACGAGAUCAAGGUUGCGUGUAUUCUUUGGAAUUAUCAACCAACAAACACGCCUGUUAAGGUUGAUGUUUGGGAUGUGGUUGAUAAAGGGCGACAGAGGGAAGUCAAACAUGGGAACAUUUCAAAUGGAUAUAUUUCAAAAUUAACUAAAAGGAAUCAGUCAGCUACAACUUUGGCAUCUUUAGAUUCAAGCUUUAUCGACGUCUACAAGGGCACAAAUUGUGUGAUUUUGAUUUUUGACCUCACGAAGAGAGCGACAUUUGAGUAUGUGCGUCGUGAGUUGCCCCGAGUACCCUUUUCAGUGCCAGUUCUUGUAGUUGGCAACUUCCGGGAUGCUGCUGCCGGGGGGGAAAAUGGAGGUCGACGAGAAAUUUCAGAGUCUGAUGCUCGAGACUUCAUUCAGCGAGCGAAUAAAGCUCGCCAAGCGGCAGUAUCUACGAUAACCCCUUCCGACGAUUUAUUUCUCUCAGAUUUACGAAAUAUUUACAAGUGGGCGCCAAUACGAUAUUGUGAGACAUCCAUGCAGAAUGGAUUUGGACUGAUGUACAUUCACAGUUUUCUCAAUAUUCCUUUCCUCCAUCUCCAGAGCUCAUACCUUAUUCAAGGACUUGUUACUAAUCGCCAGGCGUUCAACGAAAGUUGUCAACAGCUCGAUUUGGCUGAGGAGAACCAAGAGGUUAUUUGCUCGUAUGAAAAAUUUACUCGAUGGCUGGAAAGUUCUAGGGAUCAGACCUUUCCAAGCAAUCCUCCUCGAGUUCAUCAAGUUCAAACUGCUAUCAAAUCAGUUGAAUCGAAACCUUUAAAAUGUCCUCCCACAAUGGAACCUAUUGUUGGGAAAACUGAACCAGUAUCCAAUGUAUUGUGGCCAUCGGAUCGCGAGGAAGAUCGAUCCCUUCACGAUUUCCUCAACGUUAGCAAUGACGACGGUCCCUCUCAUUCCAUUACUGAUAAACCCUCAUCAGUAUAUACAAGUGUGGACUCAAACGAACCGUUUACCAAUGCCGUCCCCGAAGUAGCAGAUUUUCAGGAAGAUCUGGAUCCUGAUGACACAGCUGAACAUCUUGCAGCCCUUUCCUUCGGUUUAAAUGGAUUUACUGCUUCUCCGCCUCCUCCAGUUCUACAAACAGCAGAUUCCUCCAUGGACGAUGUUGACGACGAUGACGAUGAUCUAAUGAAUGAGGAUAGUGAUGAUGAUGAGGAACAUUUGGGGCCCGCUUUGGGCCUUACUUCUCCCUCCACUCCUCCUCCUCCUAUUGCCAAUGGAAAUGGUCUAUCGUCAUUAUUACAGCUACCACACCAGAAAUUACAACUCACCACUUUGCAAUCAACAUCUAGCUGUCCUUUAUCGUCGUCGUCAUCAUCAUCCAGUAGUAGUAGUAUUUCCAGAGGACUUUCACUGGAAGUUGAUUCAGCUGCUUUCCGAAGAACUUCUAACCAUCCUUCUCCUAAAGCAAGCGUUGACCUAACUACUGCUGAAGAGAUAACCGCUUUUGAACGUUUCUUGGAUGCUGAAUUGGUGAAAGGUGGCAAAAUCGUUGUACACGGUAUUAUAAGUGGCAUUCCUAUUCCCUUUCCCCUGCCUGACAAUAAUCUCUGUCAUUUCCUCAAAUCUGGCUGCAAUGCGCAACCAAACGUACCGACCGAAAUGGACUACAGCCUUUACGUGAAAGAAACAUACCCACCGAUACCCGUUGAAAUAAAAUGGCAAUUGGUGGACGACUUGGGUGUCGAUCUCGUAUGCAUUAAGUUCCCAGCAAAGUUGCAAUCUACAUCUCGUACAGUUAAUACACUGGAUGAAAAUCAGUCGUUGUCCAGGGUUCUAUAUUUUCGAAGAUAUAUGCCCGACAAAGUGUUUAAAUUGUACAGGAAGUGGUUUGCUUAG